CGGCCAAACAACAUGGUUCCAAACAGAAAGUGAAGAAUUAAUAAUAUGAUUUCCAAGACAUAUUUUGCAAUGAUGCACAGUUUCGUCGUAAUAAUCUUUGUCUUCGUGAAUUGUGUGUGCACUUUGGAUAGUAAAGUCUCACAAGCUUCCCACAGUGACAGUCAGAGUUAUUUCAUGACAAUAUGGCACAACAGGCUGUACUUAUACUCAGCUGCUGCACUUGUGUUUGGGGUCUGGUUCUCACUGAAGAUGGCACUAAAGAGGCGAAGCCUGUCCAAUGAAGUUGGCUCCUGGGUCUACAAAGCCGUGAAGAACAACGACUCCUCUGGCAGAGAUGCUGUGGUUCAUGUGUCACGGGUUAAAAUCUUCUACGGCUCACAGACGGGAACGGCAAAAGGGUUUGCAAAAGAGCUGUCAGAGGAGGUGAAGACACUGGGCAUACCAACAGAGGUGAUUGACAUGAAAGACUACGAUCCAGAUGAUCAACUUGCUGAUGAGUGCACCAACAAAUCAGUCUGUGUAUUUCUUGUGGCCACCUACACUGAAGGACAGCCUACGGAGAACGCUGAGUGGUUCUGUAAGUGGCUGGAGGAGGCGUCCACUGACUUCAGAUAUGGGAAGACCUACCUCAAAGGCCUCAGAUAUGCAGUGUUCAGUCUUGGCAACUCUGUCUAUGUUGGCCACUACAACACAGUAGGUAAAAACGUGGACAAGUGGCUGUGGAUGCUGAGUGGCAUGCGAAUCAUGACCAGGGGAGAGGGCGACUGCAACGUGGUGAAGAGCCGUAAUGGCAGCGUCCAGGCAGACUUCCUGGCCUGGAAGGGCAAGUUCCUGAACCGCCUACAGGCCCUGUCCAAGGGCGAGAAGAAGAAAUGCAGUGGGAACUGUAAGAAUGGAGGAACCUGCAAGAACAAGAAGAUAGACAGACAAGAGGAGGAGGCAGCGCUGCAGAAUAACAGCUCAGAGGAGGAUCUGUUGGAGUCCAGCAGUGAUGAGGAGGACUCUGCCAUGCAAGAUGAAAAGAAACCUGGUUCAGUGGUUGACAUGGAGGAUCUGGGCAACAUCAUGAACAGCGUCAAAAAAGCCAAGAGCAAAGAGGAGGGCAAAGGAGACGGCCAGAUGGUAAAGCUAUCCAAGCUGAACGGAGUGAAGAAGACUGACGAUGAAGGGGAAAGAAGAGAGAUGAUCACUCCUACCCUUAGAGAAGCACUGACUAAGCAAGGGUACAAACUAAUUGGAAGCCACUCAGGCGUAAAGCUUUGUCGAUGGACCAAGUCCAUGUUACGAGGGAGAGGAGGCUGUUACAAGCACACCUUCUAUGGUAUUGAGUCCCACCGGUGCAUGGAGACCACCCCGAGUCUCGCCUGUGCUAACAAGUGUGUCUUCUGCUGGAGACAUCACACCAACCCUGUGGGCACAGAGUGGCGCUGGAAGAUGGAUCCUGCUGAGAAGAUCCUGGAGGAUGCUCUGGAGAAGCAUCAGAACAUGAUUCGACAGUUUAGAGGUGUUCCUGGAGUGAAGCCGGAGCGAUAUGAGGAGGGCUUGGCAGUCAAGCACUGUGCCCUCUCUCUGGUGGGUGAGCCAAUCAUGUACCCUGAGAUCAACGCCUUCGUCCGCCUCCUCCACUCCCACCACAUCUCCAGUUUCCUGGUGACCAAUGCACAGUUCCCCAAGGAAAUCAGGAGUCUGGUACCAGUUACCCAGCUGUAUGUGAGUGUGGAUGCGAGCACCAAAGAUAGUCUAAAGAAGAUUGACCGACCACUUUUUAAGGACUUCUGGCCACGUUUCCUAGACAGCCUCAAAGCCCUGGGAGAGAAGAGGCAGAGGACGGUGUACAGACUGACGCUGGUGAAGUCCUGGAAUGUGGAGGAGAUGCAGGCCUACUCGGAGCUCAUAGCUAUGGGCCAGCCGGACUUCAUUGAGGUCAAGUUCAAGGUGGACGGCGAGUGGUGGACGUGGAUCGACUACGACCGUUUCCAGGGGCUGGUCCAGGCUUAUGAGGAGAGUGGGGGAGAUCAGAGCUUCUCAGCCCUGGACUACAUAGCCAAGACACCCAGCUGGGCUCUUUUCGGAGCCCACGAGCAAGGUUUCGACCCUGUCGACACGCGUUACCAACGACGCAACAAAACCAAAGAUAUCUCAGGAUGCUGAUAAAUUAGAGAGGGAGAGGUAGGAUGAAUCCGUACUGAUCUUACAAGUUACAAGUAAGAGUUGGAUGUAAGCUUACUGUUUCUCCCUUUUUUCUCUUCUUUGGAUUUUUAAUUGUAUUGGCUUGACCCCCCAAGAUCAGCCCAAAUUGCCUAAAUCUAUUCAUUCACUUAUUUCCAAGACGUUCCCUUUAAGUUCUUCUUUUGUUUGGUUUAGAUUUCCCCUCUUUUGUUGAAGGAUUCAUUAUUAUACUGUAAGUGUCAAUGGCUUUGAUCUUUAUAACCACUAUUGGCAGCAUAGGGGAAGGUUUACAUUGUUUUAGUUGGACCUGGCAGUGGCUUCAUCACCAGCCUCAUUUCUGACGUUUUCUUUUUUUUAAUAAUCCAAGUUCAUGUGAGGCCACCGCACUGCACAGGACACGAUUAACUGUUGGGAGUAACACCUUUACCUCCACUCGUGUCAUCUGUGGGAGCUACACAUCUUUCCCAGACACCUUUGCUCUCUUCCACCUACUCAUCAGGACAGUAGUUGUUUGUGUUUUGCAGCGAGAGAUUCGAGCAGUGAGAUAAGAGAAUCAAGGCUGCGUCUCCGCUGGGAGCACAGUCGUCUUCUUAAUGCUCUCUUUGUUUUUUGAGUGCAACAGUUGUAUUGUAGUACAUUCCCAGCAGUGUCAGCACUUGGUUUAAGAUUUAUUUAUUUUUUGGCAUUUAUGCCUAGUGGGCAGUGAAGAGGCAGACAAGGAAACAUGGGGAGAGAAAGAUGGGUGUGACAUACAAGGAAUAAAAUAGAUUUCUGUAUUGCGUUCAACGAUAUCAGUCAUUAUAUCACUAAAUCUUAAAGCUCUGAGUUAAAUUGAAACAUAACUGAAUACAAAAAUAAAUGGUUAUUGUACAGCACUUUAAAAUGUUUAAUUUAGCUACAAUUCAGGACAGGGUUUGAUUAUAACUGGUGGUGAUGUGGCUUCAUAUGGGUCUAACUAACAUACGCCUCCCCCGAGUCCAGCAUGCCAGAAAAAAAGCCUAUUACUGAUGUUUUAAUCCAGAUGUAUAAAUUAAGUUCAUUUUAAGUGGUUUUUAUUUGUAUGUAAAUCCAGAUGUAAACAUUUAAGUCACUUUUGAUUUGUACUUUUGUUAAGAUCUCUGUUGCUGCAGUGUCUCCCUGUAGGGAGGAUCGUCCAGAGCAGCAGGUGUGUGUGAAUUAUAUAUCACUGUAAUAAAUGUUUUUG